AUGCUGCAACGAGCAAUUGGCGCCCUCGUGGGUCUCUCGGCCGCCCUCGCCGCCAGGCCAGUGGCCCUCAACGAUACAGGCAAAAAAAGAGCCUUCUACGAGGACGAACGGUCCACUUACCCGAAACCAGGAACAAUCACUCCAGCUGAAACCCCAGAGAACUUGGGCCAGCUGUAUGUGUUGGAAGGAGUCACUGUGAGGACGACUGGAGUCGUUCAGAGCGCUAUUCAGAGUGUUAGGGAGUCUGUGACUGGCACGUUUGCAUGUGCUGAGUCGUGGCUUAACAGUACCAAGUCUAGGUAUAUUGAGCUGGAACGGUCGGUUACAGAUACGUUUAGCAGUUUGCACGAUAAGAAGGAGGAUCUUCUUCCUAACGGGAUUUAUAUUGCCGUGGCGGCGUUGUCGGGGAAUAUCUUUGCCAGAAACCGUGGAGUGGUUGCACGGUUCUUUGCUCCUACGAUAUUAGGGUUGGCUUCGUUUAGGUAUUUCUUGCCACACACGUUCAGCAACACGGUGGGGCUUCUUUGGAGCGUGGAGAAGAGAACGUUGCCUGAGGUUGCACAGCACCAGGUUCUGGCGUAUAAUAAGGCUGAAUCGUGGGUUAAGGAUGUGGAGAAGAGUGCUGUGCUGGGCCAGGAGAAGGUCAGUCUGGGCAUUGACUCGGCGAGACGGAAGCUUGCGUCUGCCACGGGCUUGAACCUUGACGAGGACGUUUCAAAGAAGUAG